GAGACAUGUGAGCUUCAUCUACUACUCAUAUUGCUUAUAUUUUCCUACAACACUCUCUCAACAAAAAAACAAAAAAAAAAGACGUUCUUUCUUUGUUUGUAUUUAGAAGAAAAAUGGCUACCAAUUACAACGAGAAGCUUCUUCUUAAUUAUGUUCCCGUUUACGUUAUGCUUCCGCGCCUUGGACCAGUGGCGAAAGGCAAGGACCCUUUAAUGGCCCCAUUAGUCUGAGUGUUGAUUAAAAGUAUAAGCUGACUAUACUAGAUCUUGGAGGAAAUUUGUAUGUGCUUCGGCCAGAACUCUUUGAUUAUAAACGUACAAAGGAUAAGUGACUAUACUAGAUCUUGCCAAAAAUAUUUCCUAUCAUUUAGUUAUGACUUUCAGUCCGAGACUUGAAUUUACGGAGACAAGGGAACAUAUAAAUCUAAUUCUUUGAAUGACAUAGCCACCAUCAUAUGUGAUUUAGCAAUUACAUAGUUUGUAAUUCUAUAUAUCUUUUCACACGCUAAAUAAUGUGCAUUUUCGCAUUUAUGCAUAUAUAAUGGUUCAAAAUGUUUUUUUGGUUUUUUGUUCUUUCUCAACAAUGUCUUUGAUCAUAACUAUCAAUGAAAAUAUGUUGUGAAUGUGACAGUUGGGAGUUGUGAAUGUGGAAAAUGUAUUUGCGGACCCAGAAACGCUUGAAACGCAGCUUAAACGUCUCAAAGAAGAAGCUGGCGUUGAUGGCGUUAUGGUCGAUGUUUGGUGGGGAAUCAUAGAAUCCAAAGGUCCCAAACAAUAUGAUUGGACGGCCUACAAAACGCUGUUCCAGCUGAUCGCACGUUUGGGACUCAAAAUCCAAGCAAUCAUGUCUUUUCACCAAUGUGGUGGAAACGUUGGCGACAUCGUUACUAUCCCGAUCCCACAAUGGGUUCGCGAUGUCGGUGACAAUGAUCCCGAUAUCUACUACACUAACCGUAAAGGAACUAGAGACAUCGAGUAUCUCUCAAUCGGUGUUGAUAAUCUUCCCCUAUUUGCCGGAAGAACCGCUGUUCAGUUGUACAGUGAUUACAUGAGUAGCUUCAAAGAAAACAUGGCGGAUUUGAUAGAAGCUGGGGUGAUUGUUGACAUCGAAGUCGGACUUGGCCCGGCCGGUGAACUACGUUAUCCUUCUUACCCCCAAAGCCAAGGUUGGGUGUUUCCCGGCAUCGGAGAAUUCCAGUGUUAUGACAAGUACUUGAAGAAAGAUUUCAAGGAAGCGGCGGCGAAAGCAGGGCACCCUGAGUGGGACUUGCCAGAGGACGCCGGAGAAUACAAUGACAAGCCGGAGGAGACUGGAUUUUUCAAGAAGGAUGGGACUUAUGUCUCGGAGAAGGGGAAGUUUUUCAUGACAUGGUACUCGAACAAACUAAUUUUUCAUGGAGAUCAGAUCUUAGGAGAAGCCAACAAGAUCUUUGCUGGACUUAAAGUUAACUUGGCUGCCAAGGUUUCUGGGAUUCACUGGUUGUACAACCACCACAGCCACGCUGCGGAGUUGACUGCUGGAUAUUACAACCUUUUCAAGAGAGAUGGUUACCGUCCGAUCGCCCGGAUGCUCUCAAAACACUACGGCAUUCUCAACUUCACUUGCCUUGAGAUGAAAGAUACCGACAAUACAGCUGAAGCCCUAAGUGCUCCUCAAGAACUUGUUCAAGAGGUACUGAGCAAGGCAUGGAAAGAAGGUAUAGAAGUUGCGGGUGAGAACGCAUUAGAGACCUAUGGAGCCAAAGGUUACAAUCAGAUUCUUCUUAACGCGAGGCCUAACGGGGUUAACCCAAACGGUAAGCCGAAGCUUAGAAUGUACGGAUUUACUUACCUUCGGUUAUCCGAUACUGUCUUUCAAGAAAACAACUUUGAGCUGUUUAAGAAGUUGGUGAGGAAAAUGCACGCUGAUCAAGAUUAUUGUGGAGACGCAGCGAAGUACGGGCAUGAGAUUGUGCCGUUGAAAACGUCGAAUUCGCAGCUGACGCUGGAGGAUAUCGCCGACGCGGCUCAGCCAAGUGGAGCAUUUAAGUGGGACUCUGAAACCGAUUUGAAGGUCGACGGUUAGUUAUAUUUUAUAUGAUCGAUCGUCUAAUCACAAAGAAAGUAAGGGAAAGAAUCAAGGAAGUAAGAAUAAGAAGAUAAUAAAUAAAGAGAAUAAGAAGAGGCAUUUGCAACUUUAAGAGGUUAAAAUUUCUUAAAUGAGUCUGAGUUUCGUUGUGUGUUUUGGGUGUACCAUAAGAAAUAAAACGUACGGGGUUGCUAUGUAUUUUGUGAAGUGUGUAUUUCUGGUUGAAUAUUAGUCUGCGUAAUAAAAAAAAGUAUGUGUAGUAAAAAUAAAUAACUGUUGCCAGUAAAAUAAUGCAUCAUUGUCACUGUAUUGCCAGAAUAUAUAUAUUACUUUUUAAGGUUGUAAAGAAUUUAAGAUUAUAUAUUUUUAAUGGCUAAUUUGAAGUUGGAUAUUA